AUGGCUUACACAGAGGAAAAGGAAUUCGGGAGUACAUCCAUUCAAAGGCCUCCAUACUUCAACGGCAAAUAUUAUCCUUAUUGGAAGGAUAAGAUGGAAAUCUUUAUCCAAGCAAAGAACUAUCAGGUAUGGCGGAUUAUACAAGUAGGAGAUUACGAAAUUACGAAAACGAAUGCUAACAAUGAGGUAAUCCCUAAACCUAUGGAUGAAUAUGAAAAAACUGAUUUCGAAAAACUAGAAAUGAAUGCUACUUCCAAAAAGUUUCUAAUUUGGGGACUUGGACCCGAUGAACAUACUCGUGUCAAAGGGUGCAAAUCCGCAAAGGAAAUUUGGGAUCUUCUGGAAGUUACACAUGAAGGAACGUCAGAUGUUAAACGUUCCAAAAUAGACAUUCUUUUGUCUCAGUAUGAGCGCUUUGAAAUGGGAAACAAAGAAUCCAUUAAAGACAUGUUUACUCGAUUUAAAAGUAUUACUAACGAACUAACGUGUCUUGGUAAGAUAAUUCCUAUAGAUGAGCAGGUCAGAAAGGUCUUAAGAAGUCUUCCAGACAAUGACAGAUGGAGAGCAAAGGUUGCAGCUGUGCAGGAAUCAAAAGACUUCACCAAGUUCAAUCUGGAACAGCUUGCGGGUUCCCUCAUUACCCACGAGAUCCAGUCGAACAAUCAGACUCAGGAGACUGUCAAAAGUCAAGGGCUAUCACUAAGAGCUAAUGAAGAAUCCGAAGAGAAGUCUGACAUUGAUGAAGAAGAAGCUGCAAUGUUGGUGAGAAUGCUGAAAAAAUUCUACCGUAACAACAAGUUUUUAGACAAGAAGAAAGGAUACAGUAAAAGAAAUCAGGAAUCCAAAGCCAAGUCUUCUUGUCACAAAUGUGGAAGCACCAACCACUUCAUCAAAAAGUGUCCAUUAUGGGAAUCUGAGAAAGCAAGCACGGGUGUUCCCAAGUGGGUAAAGGAAGCUCAGACAAAAAGAACAGAAGGUCUAGGCUAUGUCCAUAAGAAGAAGUCUACUGGAAAGAAAAAGAAGUAUGUGGAUUUGCCUAGUGAGACUGUUUGUUCAUUUUGUGGUAAACAAGAACAUCGCAGUGAAGAAUGUACUAAGAAAGCAAAACAGUACAAUAAGAAUGUGAACUAUGUUUGGCAGAAGAAAUCUGAUUCAAAUGUGUCAACACAGGAACCCAUGAAUGAAAGGGUUCCUGCUACUAACCCUUAA